CUACAAUAUCUCGAGGGGGAUAUAAAGUCGCUAACUGAAGCAGCGAUGAAGGCAUAGUUUUAUAUAUCUUUUGAUAUGACGCCGUUGCCAGUGGCAACUAAUCGCCAUUCGCCUCGUCCUCGCUGACCGUCUGCACGCACACACAAACUCGCGUGUAGUCGAUCGAAAGCACAAAAGCACCAGCUUCCCCGACGACUUUUCGUUCGAUUUCGAGGCAAAAACAAAAGAACAGCAGACAAAAACUCUCAAUAAUGGUGAGAAUACAGACAAUUGUUGAGCGUCAAUAGAAAGAGACGAUAAGAAAACAACGAACGAUCGGUCAAUAUGACAAUGAACUCGUUACCCGUUGGCACGAAUGACAGCGGUUCCGGCGGCGGUGCCAAUUCGUCCAACAACGUCGUCAUCUUCGACGUGUCGAAAAACGAGAGGAAGCUGAACGAGGACUUCAAGACUCUGCAGCGUAAAUUAAAACCCAAAUGGAAAAUUAUCGAAAACACAGACGUCCUGAGCACGGAAUUUCUGUCUACCGGAAAAGUGCUACUCCUGGCCGGCCCAAGGAGCAAAUUUACCGAGCUGGAGAUGAAUUCCAUCCGGGCGUUCAUCAACUCGGGUGGAAACGUCCUGGUUAUGCUCGGCGAGGGAGGAGAAAAGAAAUUCAAUACCAACAUCAACUUUCUGUUGGAGGAAUUCGGAAUCAUGAUAAAUAACGACUGCGUCGUGAGAAUGAAUUAUCAUCAAACUUUGCACCCCAAGGAGUGCACAAUUGCCAAAGGCCUAUCGAACAAAUCGGUUUUCUCAAAGAAUCGCGACGACAAAGACUCGAAAUUUUUGUACCCGUACGGGGCGACGUUGAACGUCGUCAAGCCGUCGAUCGUCGCGCUGUCGAGCGGCAGCAUCACGGUGCCGACGAAUCGGCCGAUCUGCGCCUACUACUCGUCGAGGUCGACCUCCGGCAAGCUCGUCGUGCUGGGCUCGUUCAAGAUGCUCAGCGACGCCUACAUCGACAAGGAGAGGAACGACGCGCUGCGCGACAUGAUCUUCGGCUUCUUCGAGGCCGAGCCGAUCGAGACGUCGGAGAUGCACGGCGACGACGCCGACUACUGGGAGUACAACUUUGUGCCGGACGUGACGCAGCAGGCCGAGCGACCCCGCGUCUGCACCCAAGACCUCGAGAGCGUCGACAUGCCGCGCGAGUACACGAAGCUCUUCAAGCACGACCUGUACUCGAUCAAUCUCGACAUGGUGCCGGCCAGCCUCAAGGCCUACGACGAUCUCGACGUCAAACACGAGCCGCUCAGCCUGAUCGCGCCCAACUUCGAGACGCCGCUGCCCGCCACCCAGCCCUCGGUGUUCCCGCCUACCUUUCAGGAGCUGCCGCCGCCAGCACUCGAGCUGUACGACCUCGACGAGGCCUUCAGCUCGAAUCUGCUCAAGCUGUCGCACCUCACCAACAAGUACAUGGCCGGCGAGGACUCGGCCAGCGAGAAGGAGCUCGACUUUUACGUGCGCGAGUUCGGCGCCAUAAUGCGAAUAAACGAGGCCGAGACCACGCCGACGGCUCGGCAGAUUCUCAACAGCGUCUUUUUGAAGAUAAGCACCUGCAAGUCCUUCCGCAACUGAGAGAGCAGAAAAACCCAUGUAUUUUUAAGGAUCGCCUGCAGUGUCUCGAUGCCAAAGUCGUGACACCUGCGACAUCCUGCAACUUGUUGAAUAUGUCUAUUCUAUCAUUUACAAUUUUAAUAAAAAAUAAUA